CCCCCCCCCUCCUUAUUUUAUUUUAAGUGUCAAAGUGUCCAAAAAUGUUUCAGCCUGCUUAGACAAAUGAUUUCUAGCGUGGGCACUCUAUUUUAAAUUUUUUUUUUAUUAGUAAUUUUGGACGGGGAAGGAUUGAGCAAAACAAGUCCUUCAGUAAAAGGAUCCCUGAGAUUUGCUUCCCGUUGAGGAGAAGAUACAAUUCCAGCUGCGAGCAGAGAACUGUGGUUCGUGUAGGUUUUUCAGUCUCGCUUUCGAAGCGCUAGAUAUUGUAGGGUCAGAGCAGAACUGCCUUCUCCCGAGCGGCUUGCCUGCCGUGGUUGUGGCUCAGAGAUCGCCCCCCUCUCUCCCCCCGUUCUCUCACCAUUUCUGUUGGUGUCGGUUUUGUUUCGUUGAUUUAGCUUUUCUUCCUUCUCCUUUCUCCUUUUUUCUCCUUAAUUUUUUUUUUUAACUUUUUAAUUAUUUGAUUUGGGUGAAUACCCUCCCUCCUUUCCUCAAACGAAAAUACUAACUGUGAAGCCGAAAUCCAUGCCUCCUGCAAUUCGGAAGAAUCGGGUCUAAUAUGCCAGUGUCAUCUUCGCCUUGCAGUAGUCGCGAUGAAGGAAAAGUCCAAGAAUGCGGCAAAGACUAGACGGGAAAAAGAAAAUGGAGAAUUCUACGAACUGGCCAAACUCCUGCCCUUGCCCUCGGCCAUCACCUCCCAGCUGGACAAGGCGUCCAUCAUCCGCCUCACCACCAGCUACCUGAAAAUGAGAGCAGUCUUUCCCGAAGGUCUGGGUGACGCCUGGGGACAGCCGAGCAGGAUAGGGCCCUUGGAUAACGUGGCCAAAGAGCUCGGAUCCCAUUUACUUCAGACUUUGGAUGGCUUUGUUUUUGUGGUAGCAUCAGAUGGUAAAAUAAUGUACAUCUCGGAAACAGCAUCUGUACAUCUUGGUUUAUCUCAGGUGGAGCUUACUGGUAAUAGCAUUUAUGAGUACAUACAUCCUUCAGAUCAUGAUGAGAUGACAGCCGUUCUUACUGCUCAUCAACCUCUUCACCCUCACCUCUUACAAGAAUAUGAAAUUGAGAGGUCAUUUUUCCUAAGAAUGAAGUGUGUCCUAGCCAAGAGGAAUGCAGGACUGACAUGCAGUGGCUACAAGGUAAUCCACUGCAGUGGCUACCUGAAGAUACGGCAGUAUAUGCUAGAUAUGUCUUUGUAUGAUUCCUGUUACCAAAUCGUUGGACUGGUGGCUGUAGGCCAAUCUUUACCUCCCAGUGCAAUUACUGAGAUUAAACUUCACAGUAAUAUGUUUAUGUUCAGAGCAAGUUUGGACUUAAAAUUAAUAUUCCUAGAUUCCAGGGUGACUGAAUUAACUGGAUAUGAGCCUCAAGAUCUGAUAGAAAAAACCCUCUACCACCAUGUUCAUGGUUGUGAUGUCUUCCAUUUGCGAUAUGCUCAUCAUCUGUUGCUGGUGAAAGGCCAAGUCACAACCAAGUACUAUCGACUGCUGUCCAAGCACGGAGGCUGGGUCUGGGUGCAGAGCUACGCUACUAUUGUGCACAACAGCCGUUCGUCACGGCCUCACUGCAUAGUGAGUGUCAAUUAUGUCCUUACAGACAUUGAAUAUAAGGAUCUUCAGUUGUCACUGGACCAGGCUACCAUUUCUAAGUCACAGUUUUCAUGUAGAAACUCAGUAUCUACCUCGCAGGAAACAAGGAAAAUAGUAAAACCCAAAAGUAAUAAAAUGAAGGCAAAACUCAGAACAACACCUUACCCACAACAGCAAUACAGCUCAUUCCAAACAGACAAACUGGAAUGCAGCCAGGUGGGAAACUGGCGAUCCAGCCCUGCAGUGAACGCUGCCACCAUUCAAGAACAAAACUUCCAUUCAGAAAACAGUGAACUUUUAUAUGCCCCUUCAUACAGCUUACCUUUCUCUUACCAUUAUGGACACUUCCCUGUAGAUUCUCAUGUCUUCAGUAGCAAAAAGCAAAUGCUGCCUUCAAAGUUCGGGCAGUCUCAAGGAGCACCUUGUGAAGUGGCUCGAUUUUUCUUGAGUACUCUGCAGACAAACGGAGAAUGCCAGUGGCAUUAUGCCAACUCUUUGGUACCCAACAGCCAGUCGCCAUCCAAAACCCUUCCUGAGCAGCCAGUGAACAUCAUCCGACACAACCUUGGACAGAGCUAUGAAGUGCCCAUAUCAAACAGAAGAUACAGUCAAGAGGCUUUAUCUGACAACUUUACCAGCUGCACAGCACCCAUGCCAGGCAGCAGAUACAAAGAGGAGAUUUAUGAUUCGGGCCUCAUGAAACCAAACAAAAUAGAAACCAGGAUCCAGCCACCUCACCACCUCAUUAAAGAAGAAAACAAAGUAGCUUUCAGCAGAGAUCUCCAAGACAAAAUGAACAUUAAUGAAAAUUCUUUUUCAAACUCAUUAGCUAACUCCUUAUUGCCAAAAGCUGAAUGUUUCCAGUCUAAAACUAUAGGACAGUUAAGUCAUCUCCUGCCAAUGUCCACAGUAUAUGAGCAAACAAGAAGGAUUUGUAUGAAAGAACCCAAAUAUGGGCAUAUUAGUCACCAUGCUGCAAACCUAGAUGAACUGGACAGUGAUGAGAGAAUGACUGCUGUAAAGCUUGAUCAUGACUCCGAAAGUGACCGUGUGAUGGAUGUGAGACCCUCUGGCCAGGUUCCAUUUGUGCUUCUAAAUUAUCACCAUGUUUUAGCCAAACAUGGCACGUUUCAAACUUCAUCAUGUACAGCAACGGGACAUGUAGGAGAAAACUAUGGAUACAAUUCUGAGGAAGUAAAUACAGUUAUUUACAAAACCCAAAGUCCCUCAUCAGCUUCUUCUCCAGAAACCCCCAGGGAAUCUGCACUACCCCAUUAUAUUGGAACUUCUGUAAUAAUAGCCAAUGGAAGGUGACAGCAACAGAAGAGUAUUUACAUUUAAGAAGCCAAACUGUAAUGAUUUGCAAAAAGCAUGAGAAAACAUGGUUACAUUUACUGAGCACAGCUGAAGGUCAACGAGGGACAGAACAGACUGGCAAGCCAUGUGUAACAGUACCUUCAAGGUCAGGAAAAAAAAAUCAUCUAGCUUCCAUGCUUUGUUGUCACAGAUUAAGCUCUGGUGCCAGUGAGAAGACAUGUUACAGAUCUUAUUUUUGUUCUUUUAUAGUGUGCAACAAAAUUAAAUGAUAGGUCUUAUAUCCA